ACACACACACACCCUGUCUUCCGCUGCUGCUGCGUCAAAUGAUGCGCCGCAGCGCCCCGACUAUAAAAGCACCUGUCCGGGCCAGACAUCACUCGCAUCUCACUUUCUGUCCUUCCCGCGCACUCUCCAUCACACCUUCCUGAGCUCCACACACACACACACACACACACACGCACGCACACACAGUUGCGCUUUCUCUCUCUCUCCUCUGUUUUCCCCUGAGGUAAAGGAAACAUGAGUUACUCCGGCGACAGUUACAGCAGCAGCUCCUAUCGCAGGAUCUUCGGAGACGCGCCCCGGUCAGGUCGCGUAGGUCUGGGCAGCGGCGGCAGCUCGACCCGCCUGCACUCCGCGGGGUACCGCAGCAGCCACCGCGCUUAUGGCUCCCCUUCCGCGGGGUCGUCCGCCGCCUACCGCAGGACGGCGGCGCCCGGCCGCGUCUUCUCCUCCAUCCCGGACUCCGCCAUGGACCUGACCCAGUCCACCGCCGUCACCAACGAGCUGAAGAUCAUCCGCACCAACGAGAAGGAGCAGCUGCAGGGCCUCAACGACCGCUUCGUGUCCUUCAUCGAGAAGGUGCACAACCUGGAGCAGCACAACAAAGUCCUGGAGGCCGAGGUGACGCUGCUGCGCCAACGCCACAGCGAGCCGUCGCGCCUGCACGAGCUCUACGAGCAGGAGAUCCGCGAGCUGCGGGCGCGCGUGGAGGAGCUGACGCACGAGAAGAGCCAGAUGCACCUGGACUGCGUCCAGAUGAACGAGGCGCUGGAGCGCGUGCGGGAGAAGCUGGAGGAGGAGAGCAGGCUGCGCGAGGAGGCAGAGAGCGCCCUGAAGGGCUACCGGAAGGACGUGGACGACGCCACCCUGGCCCGCUUGGAGCUGGAGAAGAAAGUGGAGUCUCUACUGGACGAGAUCGCCUUCCUCAGGAAAAUUCACGAGGAGGAGCUGCAGGAGCUGCAGGCGUCCCUGCAGGCGACGCAGGUGUCAGUGGAGAUGGACAUGAGUAAACCGGACCUGGCCGCAGCCCUGAAGGACAUCCGGGCUCAGUAUGAGAACCUGUCGGCCCGGAACCAGGUCCAGGCCGAGGAGUGGUACCGCUCCAAGUUUGCCACUGUGACGGAGGCCGCCGCGCGCAACCAGGACGCCAUGAAGCACUCCAAGGAGGAGCUUAGCGAGUACCGUAGGCAGGUGCAAGCCCGCACCCUGGAGAUCGAGGCCCUCCGGGGCCACAACGAGGCCCUGGAGAGGCAGAUUGGCGAGAUGGAAGAUCGUCACAACAAUGAAAUUGGAGAGAUGCAAGACACUAUCCAGCAGCUGGAGGCUGCCCUGCGGAGCACCAAGGGAGAGAUGUCUCGUCACCUGCGUGAAUACCAGGACCUGCUGAAUGUCAAGAUGGCGCUGGACAUUGAGAUCGCUGCUUACAGGAAGCUUCUGGAAGGCGAGGAGUGCCGCCUCAGCUCGGUGGGCAGCGCUAUGGUCCAGUCUGGCUAUCCCGGUCUGUCCUACACAUCGGCCCGCGCCUACGCCCUGGGAGCUUACAGGAAGCCCAAGCCGGAAGAGGAGGAAGAGGAGGCAGGAGAAGACGACGACAAGGAGGAAGAAGAGGAAGAGGUAGAGGAGGAGGAGGAGGCCGAGGAGGGAGAAGAGGGAGAGGAGCAGGAGGAAGGUGAGGGAGAAGCAGAGGAAGAGGAGGAGGGAGAAGGAGAAGAAGAAGAGGAGGAGGAAGAGGAGAAGCCAAAGGAAAAGGAGAAGGGAAAAGAGAAGGAGAAGGAGAGCUCCACCGGGAAGAGCAGCAAGAGCUAAACAGCUUGUGAUGUCAUCAGCUUCAAUAACUCAUCUCUCAUCCCACCGAUCACCUCUGGCUCUGCUUCCUGUUCACGUCGCCCUCUGUGUUUUCCCCACCCAUUCACACACAUCCAGAUGCCUUCCACCUCCACACCGGGUCAGACAGGAUCACUUUAGAUGGAGAAGUAUAGCAUUAGUGAGCUGCAAAACGGUUCCAGUUCAAGUAUUUAUUCAGUCCACUGUCCACCGUUUCCACGUCUCUGAAGUGCAGAGGGCUACUAGCAUGUUUACCACAAAACGGUAAAAGAUGAGAAGCAGGCGUGAAUGUUUCUCUCCUGCAUCAUGUGCCACAGAUGAUCCAUAUUCACAUUAGCAAACAGCGAGCCCACCUCAGAGGUAACGCUGCAGUCAGCACACAGACUUUGGAAGACAAACGCACAGAUCCUGGAGCAUGUGAAGCAGCCAGUCCAACUAUUAUGGUGCUAUUUGAUUUUUACAUUUACAAGUUGGGGAAGGAUUUUAUCAUGGAGCACCCCUCCCCCGCCCCCUCUCCCUCACCAGCUCGGUCCUGAAUGUGAAUGUCAGCUUUAGGGCAGGAAUACUAGCAGAAACACAAAGAAUGCUUCCAUGUGGGUUAGGAUUUAUUCCCCCCCCAAACCCACCCUUCAAGCGCUCCGACUCAUUUCAGUCCACUCAGUUCGUCCCGCUUUUAUUUAUUGUAGCCUUGCAACCCUGAGCCUGGAAAAGUGUGCGUGUAUGUGUGUGAGGUUGUGCAGUGUGUAAGAGAGGAGGUGCGCUGCCGCUGUGCGCAUCCAUGUGGAUGAAAAUGUGAAGCUUCAACUGCUGCUAUGUGUAUUUCUUUUGGGAGGCGGAGACUGUAACCGAUCUCUACCUUUGAUUGAUUCAUUUGUCGAGAAGAAUCUGCUACAUGUCACUGAAAAAGAGAAGCAUUUUCUUUUUAGUCUCAUGUUAACACAGUAGGCCCUUUGUUUAUUAAGCUGGAUAUAUAAAGAGUGGGUUGGAUGAUGGGUUUUGUGGUGUCGAGUCAUUAAUAAGGGCUACAGUUAGGGCCAGAAAUAUUUGGACAGUAACACAAUAUUUGUGAGUUGGGCUCUGCAUGCCACCGCAUUGGAUUUGAAAUAAAACCUCUACAACAGAAUUCAAGUGCAGACUGUAACGUUUAAUUUAAAGGGUUGAACAAAAAUAUCUGAUAGAAAAUGUAGGAAUUGUACACAUUUGUUUACAAACACUCCACAUUUUAGGAGCUCAAAAGUAAUUGGACAUAUAAACAUAACCCAAACAAAAAGUUUUUUCUCAAUAUUUUGUUGCGAAUCCUUUGGAGGCAAUCACUGCCUUAAGUCUGGAACCCAUGGACAUCACCAAACGCUGGGUUUCCUCCUUCUUAAUGCUUUCCCAGGCCUUUACAGCCGCAGCCUUCAGGUCUUGCUUGUUAGUGGGUCUUUCCGUCUGAAGUCUGGAUUUGAGCAAGUGAAAUGCAUGCUCAAUUGGGUUAAGAUCUGGUGAUUGACUUGGCCAUUGCAGAAUAUUCCACCUUUUUGCUCUCAUGAACUCCUGGGUAGCUUUGGCUGUAUGCUUGGGGUCAUUAUCCAUCUGUACUGUGAAGCGCCGUCCGAUCAACUUUGCAGCAUUUGGCUGAAUCUGGGCUGACAGUAUAUCCCGGUACACUUCAGAAUUCAUCCGGCUACUCUUGUCUGCUGUUAUGUCAUCAAUAAACACAAGUGACCCAGUGCCAUUGAAAGCCAUGCAUGCCCAUGCCAUCACGUUGCCUCCACCAUGUUUUACAGAGGAUGUGGUGUGCCUUGGAUCAUGUGCCGUUCCCUUUCUUCUCCAAACUUUUUUCUUCCCAUCAUUCUGGUACAGGUUGAUCUUUGUCUCAUCUGUCCAUAGAAUACUUUUCUAGAACUGGACUGGCUUCUUGAGGUGUUUUUGGGCAAAUUUAACUCUGGUCUGUCUACUUUUGGAAUUGAUGAAUGAUUUGCAUCUACAAGUGAACCCUUUGUAUUUGCUUUCAUGGAGUCUUCUCUUUACUGUUGACUUAGAGACAGAUACACCUACUUCCCUGAGAGUGUUCUGGACCUCAGUUGAUGUUGUGAACGGGUCCUUCUUCACCAAAGAAAGGAUGCGGCAAUCAUCCACCACUGUUGUCUUCCGUGGACGCCCAGGCCUUUUUGAGUUCCCAAGCUCACCAGUCAAUUCCUUUUUCCUCAGAAUGUACCCGACUGUUGAUUUUGCUACUCCAAGCAUGUCUGCUAUCUCUCUGAUGGAUUUUCUUUUUUUUCAGCCUCAGGAUGUUCUGCUUCACCUCAAUUGAGAGCUCCUUUGACCGCAUGUUGUCUGGUCACAGCAACAGCUUCCAAAUGCAAAACCACACACCUGGAAACAACCCCAGACCUUUUAAGUACUUACUUGAUUACAGGUUAACGAGGGAAAGGCCUUUUGAGUUACUUGCAGCCUUUAGAGUCCAUUGUCCAAUUACUUUUGGUCCCUUGAAAAAGAGGAGGCUCUGCAUUACAGAGCUAUGAUUCCUAAACCCUUUCUCCGAUUUGGAUGUGGAAACUCUCAUAUUGCAGCUGAGAGUGUGCACUUUCAGCCCAUACUAUAUAUAAAUUGUAUUUCUGAACAUAUUUUUGUCAACAGCUAAAAUAACAAAACCUGUGUCACUGUCCAAAUAUUUCUGGCCCUAACUGUAUAUUCACCAUCACUUUCUCCCAUGAUGCCCUGAAACGUUUUCAUCGCUGCUGUUCUUUGUUUGUCUUCCCAGGUUUUGUUUUGGCAAAUGAAUCAAGCAACUGGUUUGAAUGCAUGGCCUGACACUUGGAGCUUGAAUAUUAGCUGGUUGAGGAAGACUUUUUGCUUGUUGUGUGUUCUGUUAAAGUAAUAAAAUAAAAUUUAAAAGAAGAAGAAGAAAAAAAAACCUUGCCUUAACCAUAAAAGAGAGUAAAAUAAAACUCGUUUCCACCUGAAACACUCACUUGUUCCCGGUACGACGGAGGAGUUGCUGACACUUUUCAGAUUCUGCUAAACAACUGUGAUUGUACAUGCUGCUGUUUCCUCUCAAAGCCAAAUAAAGACAUUUAAUAAACAAAAAUUUUCUCCACUCUC